AAGAACAAUACCCUUAAGCAUGAUUGUAUUCAUACAAUGUUGUUGUCUUUUUGAUGAAGACAAAGAAACACAAAAGCUAACAAGUAUUUAACAAAAAGCUACACCACCUCAACUGCAGCACAGUCAUCACCCAACCAUGGCAGCCAUGAAGACCAUCUGCUUACCACCAUCGGCCAACUGGUACAGCGCCAGCGCCGUGGCCUCGGAUGGUGACUCGCUGGUGGUCAGCUGCGCGCGCUGCUCGGUGGUGGUGUGGAGCUGGCACGCGGCGCCAGAUGGCGCUCCGCCAGCGCUCCGCUGUCACGGCGUUAUCUGGGACGCGCACCGCGAGCGGGCCACGAGCGCGCUGGUGUGGCGGCCGGCUGACUCCGCUGACGUGCACGUGGUCACCGGCGGCGAAGACGGCCUGCUCAAGCUGUGGCGGUGCACCUUCACUGAGGAGGACAGCACUUUCCAGGCCCACUGCGAGAAGCAGCACAAUGGGCAUAAGCUGAAGGUGGUGGCCGUAGACCACGCGGCGCGCUCGCGGCACGUGGCCGUGUCGGUGGACGAGCGCGGCUCGUUCGUCGUCUGGGACACGGUGGCACACACCACGCGCACGCUCUUCCUGGAGCGUCUGGCACCCACUGACCUGCGCUGCUCACCGCACACCGAGCACGUGGUGGCCGUGGCCGGGCGGCGCGGCGCCCUCUGGACGGUUUCAUUGGCAGCCGGCGGCCGAAUUCUACAGAAGAUGCGCGGCCACGACGAGGACGUGACCUCGAUCAGCUGGUGCCCCGAGCUCAACACGCUGCUCUCCUUCGAGCAGGAUCACCUGCUGGCGUCCGUCGCCAAGGACAAAACGCUACGGGUGUGGGGCACGCGUGGCGGCCGCUGUCACGUGACCCAGCGCGUGACGGCGCCGGAGGGGUCGCGCCGCGCCCCCUCCGGCGAGCGGACCUGGCUGAGCGUGCUGUGGAGCUCUGCCGACUGCCUCUACAGCAGCGGACUGGCAGGCCAGCUGCUACGCUGGCGGCUAACGGAUGAGAGUGACAACUGCCAGGUGGUGCAUCGGCUCCACGGCAGCACCCUGUUCAACCUGGUGCGGCUGGGGCAGAUGGUGGUGAGCAGCGGUAUCGAGCGCCAGCUGGUGGCGCACGAUCCGCGCUCGCUGCUCACCAGCGCCGUGCCCUCGCUGGGCGGACACGUCAACGCGCUGCACUGCUGCCCCGUCGACCCCGGCAGGGUCGCCGUCGGGUGCGGUGACAGUACGAUCCGGGUCUGGAACCUGGGCGCCGACUGCUCCUACAGCGUCACGUCCAUCUGGCAGGCCGUCAAGGCCAGCGUGCUGACGGUGGCCUGGCACCCGUCCAAGGACACGCGGCUGGCCUUCGGCACGGCGGAGGGCCGCGUGGGCGUGUGCGACCCGGCGUCGAGCCGGCCGCCGCAGCUCUGUCCGGACCACCACGCCGGGGCCGUUUACAGCGUCACGUGGGGGCCGACCGGCGCGCUCUUCUCGCUGUCGCUGGGUGACUCUGCCUGUCCGGACCUGCUGCAGCCGGCCGUGACGCUGAGCGGCCACCGGUCCAAGGUGCUGGACCUGGCCUGGUCGCCGCACACCACCGGCCGGCUCAUCUCCGCCUCCCAGGACGCCUCCAUCAGGGUGUGGGACACGAGCCAGGGCGCGCUGCUGGCCGUCGGCGGCGACGACAGCGCCCUCCACCUGUGGAGCGUCGAUCGGCAGGGCACCGCCCUGCCCGAGAAAGUGGCGGCGGCGGAGAGCGAGCGCGCGGCUCCGCCCGCCGCCAGCAGGAAAGAGCGGAGAGGGCCCCGGCCUGCUGCCGAUGACCCGGACGUCAGCGACGACCGGCCAGCGUCCGCUGCGGCCGCCCAGCCCAGAGAGCUGGGAGAGGGGCGCAAGACGCGCACCCAGCGCUCGCUGUUCCCGCUGACCGGGCUGGCCGAGAACCGGGGCAAGGUGCACAGUCAGGCUGACCUGGAGCACCUGCUGGCGCCCGGCGACGCCAGCGACGCCGACGGCCAGCGCUGGAAACACCUGGGCCUGUUCGGCGAUGACGCGGCUCUCCGGGAGCUGGUCGACAUGGAGAUGUCGCACCACGAGUCUCAGCGGAGUCACGCUCAGCUGGUGCAGAUGUCGGUGUGGCGAGGCGACACGGCAGCGGUGGUGCGCCGCGCCGCCGCCGAGGCCCGCCUCACGGACGAGCUGCUCGCCCUGGCGCCCAUGGUCUCCUACCGAUUCUGGGAGGAGAUGAGCGUGAAAUACUCCGAACAGCUGGAGAACUCUAAGGAAUGCCUGAGGGCCUCAGGCGUCCUGCUAGCCUGUCACAAGGUGCCGGAGUCGGUGGCGCUCCUGCUGCGCCACGGCCUGUACCGGGAGGCGCUGUGCGUGUCCCGCCUCCGGCUGCCGGCCGGCGACCCUGGCCACGGGCGCAUCCUGCGUCAGUGGGCCGAGCAAUUGGUCACGGACGGCAACGUCGAGCAGGCGGCCAAGUGCUACCUGUCGCUGGGGGAUUCGGCGGCGGCGGCCGGCGUUCUCGCCCGUCGCUCGGACGCGCGCGCGCUCGCGCUGCUCUGUCUACACACCAGCUGCCUGCGCGCCGACUGGGAGGCCGGCCUGGCGGCGGCGCGCGAGACGCCGGCGCUCACCGCGGGGGUGUACCUGUGCCUGACGCACCGCGUGCUGAUCGCGGCGCUGGAGAAGGUCAGAGAACAGCUGUUCACGUGGGCGGUCGGCAUUCUGCGCGGCGACCAACGGGGCGCCGCCGCCAAGGACGCACCGGCCGUGCCGGCGGCGGGCCGGGGCGGCACGCCACGGGACAACAGCACCCCGGCACAGGCAGAGGCCGCCGCCGAGGACGCACCGGUCGUGCCGGCGGCGGGCCGGGGCGGCACGCCACGGGACAACAGCACCCCGGCGCGGGCAGAGGCCGCCGGCGAAGCGGUCGCUCAGGCGGGCGAGGCUGCCGCUGACGCGUCGGAUCGCGGCGAUCUCAGCGUGCGGCCGGCCGUCCAACGGCAGGACACUCUGUCAUCUCGCUGCCCGAAGGAGGCGGACUCGCCAGCCGGCUCCGAGGACACCCCACCAGAUCGCUCGGGGGAGGAGGACGGCUCGCCAGCCGGCUCCGAGGACCCCCCACCAGCUCGCUCGGGGGAGGAGGACGGCUCGCCAGCCGGCUCGGAGAACGGCGUCCGGGUGGCGUACCCAGAGGGGCCCACCCCAGCAGCCGGCGCGGAGCGUGCCGUGCCGCCGGCUGGCUUGGAGAAGCAGGGCGCCCGCGCAGUGCCGGUCGGGGAGCGUCCGGCGGGGUCGCUGCUGGAGCGGGUGCGGGAGACCUGGCGGACGGCUGGUGUGGAGCCGGGUGACUGUGAAGAACAGAGCCUUCAGGACGUGUCCUACCGCACCCGACCCACCACCGCUAGACAGCUUUGGCUGAGCCUGGCCUCCGAGCUGUGCCUGGCCGCGCUGGAUGACACCGGCUCUGACGACCGGCUAGUACACGUGCUGGCCCGCUGCCGGGAGAGCGUGCCCGCCCAGCUGCCCAGCCUCUGCGCCGUGCUCGUGCCCACGGCCUCCGGUGGUGUGUGGCAGGCUGGUCGGCAGCACAUCCUCGCAGCCGUGCUGUCGGUACUGCACCAGAGGGCACUACAGUCCAAUGGCACGGCCUCCCGGCCCGCCUCUACGAACGGCGCGGAGGUGGCGCCACCGGCGGUCGGCGGCGAGGAGGCACAGUGCGCGACGCGGACGAUAGGUGGCGGUGGUGAGUCAGCCGUCAGUAAGGCGGCGAGUGGCGCGAAUGCCGCAGGCUUGGUCGGUGCCCAGGUGGGGCUUGAGGAGUGCGUGCGUCUUCUGGACGCCCUGUACGUGACCGAUAAGAGUGAGGAUGAGGAGAAGCUCUUCAGAGAGUUAGAGAGGCUUUUCCCGCUGAUGCAGUAGCAUCAACUGUGAUAUAUUUUUGAAUAACUGCCAAGUGCUGUGCUGCGAAGAGUACAGAAUGGCACAUAGAUCUGGCAAGUAUCUCCAGACAUUCAUACAUUAGUCCAGUCAGAAACCAGUGUGUUUUAAGCUCGUCGCUGUUUCUGAGUCUCUAUUCUUAUGUUUAUGGUAAUUUUUUCAUUCAUGACCCUGAGUUUCAAAGCGUACCCAGCUCGUGAAAUAAUUUAGUCAACCAUG